CGUUGCAAUAGCUUGAGAACUGGAACAAAAAAAAAUUUAAGAAAAAAUGUUUCGUUGGAAGAGGCCACAUGUGGAAGAUUCUUUUCCGCGCGUUUAUGCGAGAUUUCAAGCGAAGGACUCGGAAAGUGAGGAUCUUGUCGAGUACUGGAUCCAGGAUUUGCCGAUGGAGAGAUAUGCGGAUGCGAUUGCUUUUAUGACGCAUGAACAGUAUUUGGGGGAAGAGACGUUCGCUAAGGGAAAAGACGUCCUCGAAGAUCCUGAAGCAGUAGAAGAAUUUUCUCAACUCUACCAAAUUCUCCUAAACGAAAAACUCUCAAUCGUUUGUUUCAAAGAAGGUUCCGACGAAAUCGUAGCCUUAAACAUCCUUUUUGCCCUUGACACAUCCGAGCAGGAUUUUCAACUCCCGUUAAAAACCGCACCCCUGAGUGAAAUUUUCAAUUGUGGCAAGCACAUCAUGUCCUUGAGUGAAAAUUUCGAGCCAAAAGAUCAGUUUGUGCUUGUAGGAUUUCGGACUUUCAGUGAAUAAAAAAUACCGAAGACGCGGAAUUGCUGCUAAAAUGCUUGAAGCACGAAUAGAACUCAUGAAAGCUGUUGGUCUGAAGACAACAAGCACAAUUUUUACAUGCCUUUCAUCACAAAAAGCAGCAAAAACAGCAGGAUACACGGAAUAUCUGGAAGUAACUUUUGCCGAUUUGGAGAAGAAUGGAUUUUCGUUCCGACAUUUGACAGAAAAUAGCGUAAAAACGAUGGGUUAUCAGAUAAAAAGUGAUUAAAAACGAUGUUUCGUAAUCGUUAAAUAAAAAAAGUGCGUAUCUAAUCAAAAAUUUACAGAAAAAACUGAUAAAAGUUCAUUAUUUAACAUGUUAAAUGGCUAUUUUUAAUGACAUAUUAUUAGAAAUGUACUGAGAAUUGCAUGUCAAAACCACCUUUGUGUCAUUUUUUUCAAUAUUCAAAGCUAUUUAGUGACAUAUGUGAGAAAAAAUUCAGUUAAUUUCCACGAAUUGUCAUUAACAACUUGAUAUUUUCCGUUUCUCGUUGAAUUUUUUAAUGAAAAAUUAAUUUUUGAGAGAAAAAACUUCGUUCAUUGAACCAAAAAUUGUCUCAGGGACAUGCGAAAGUCAGUGUCAAGACGCUCUUUUAUCACCUUUGCCACAAAAUAGAAAUCAAGUUCAUGUUUUUAAUCGUUUUAUAAUGGACGAAGCGAAAAUAUAAUAAUAAUAAAGUUUUGGCUGGAAAAUUUUUUUGAAGAAGAAAAACAGGAACAACAACAAAAAGUUGUUAUUAAAAAUUUGUGCGCGUCAUCGUCAGUGGUUGGUUAUGAUUUUUAGUUUGGUCUAGGGUAAGUGUGCUUUUGGAUUGUACAGCUGUGG